CUCGUAUAGAAGGCAAUUUGGAUCGGACCCAUCAAAAUUGCCAAGUAGUGAAGAAGUCUAUCCACAACAUCAUCAUCAACAUUCUUCAUUAUAUCAACCAACAACACAGGCACAGGAGGGAGAAGAUAACCUCUCAUACCAAAGCUGAGCAAAAAUGGCAGCUAUGGCUUCUCUUCAAAGUUCCUUCACUUCUCUUUCUCUUUCCUCCAACUCAUUCCUUGGCCAACCUGUCUUUCCUUCUUCAUCCGUGCUUCAGGUCAAAACAGCUGAUUGUUCACCAUGUCUUAUUUUCAUGAGGCUCAAGCGCUGGGAGCGGAAGGAUUGUAAACCCAACAGUCUUCCAGUGCUCCAUAAAAUGCACGUAAAGCUUGGAGAUACAGUGAAAGUAAUAUCUGGAGGAGAAAAAGGCAAGAUUGGGGAGAUCAGUAAGAUCUAUAAACACAAUAGCACGGUGAUCAUCAAGGAUAUCAACUUAAAGACGAAGCAUGUCAAGAGCAAAGAACAGGGUGAACAAGGUCAGAUAAUUAAGAUCGAGGGACCUAUCCACAGCUCAAACGUCAUGUUAUAUUCAAAAGAAAAAGAAGUGGCAAGCCGGGUGGGUCACAAAAUUCUCGAGGAUGGAAGAAAAGUACGUUACCUUAUAAAAACCGGAGAGAUAAUUGACACUCUAGAGAAGUGGAAGGAAAUCCGAGACAAGAAGGAAUCAGAGACAGCUAUUGCGGCUCCGGCUUCCUAGAAAGCUCUUGUUGACUGAAUCAUUUGAAAUGUAUCAAAUCGUCUGUUUUUGUUCGCAGAACUGAGAAAUGUUAGGAUUAGCCGGAGAAUAGCAAUGUCGCAUCCUUUUUAUAUAGUAUAAAGCGUCUGGUUGAUUAUUUGAGUUGUA